GUCAGAUUCUACCCAGGUAUCGCUGGCUUGAUUGUUACUGUCGGCUGAGUCCACUCGCGCUACCAGACAAGUCCAAAUACCUCUAGCUCUAGCUCGAUCACAUUGGGCCAAUGGCAGCAAUGUCGGCUCUUGGAAGCGGAGAAAGCGUCGCACAGGUACCUCGAACUUACCUACGUGAGUACGAGUACUCUUCUGGAAGACAUGACAAGAGAGGGAGGGAGUGGUCUGGUAAGCAUUGAGGUGUGCCAGUGCCAGUACCUGUGAAAUCCAGGUACAGGCUCGCUCUCAGAAAUCGCGCGAGAAAGGUGCACUCUCUGCAACGUUCCUGCCUUCAAAACACUCAGACAUGGAUUUACCUUACUGUAGGUACGAGGACGUGUUUUUCCCGGUGUGGUGAGAGUGAGACUGUCGAGGAAGGCGCGACCUCAAUGUUGAGCUCCAUCGCGAGAACUCACCUGCACUUUCCCAAUACUGGAAGACCCUCCGCCCCCCUCUCUUGCCUUGAAUCGACUUUCCCCAGAUUUCACUCUGGAGAUCCCUCCGCUGGUGAGAACAAGGGUCUACCUAGUUUGUACGUGCCAGUCUUAGGGCGAGUAGGGGAGAAAUGGAAUGGCUACCGGUAGAUGAAUCUCAAGGACCCCGCGAUGCUGUUAUUGUUACCAAGUGAGCUUUUCAGAGGAUAGUCCAGACUUCACAGAGCCUUUCCUGGGCAGGUACAGUGACUGGAUCGCGCCUUAUCCAUUCGAAAAGCGGGAUAUAAUCGACUACCCGAUACUUGCGACCAGUGCACUGCUUAGUACAUGUCUCACUCAGAUGACACACCAACCUGUGCAACCUCAAACCUAUACAUGUAAGCGGCGCCGAGGUCGAACAUUUCUCAGGGCAGGAAAUCUCUCCUCGCCAUGAACUCAUAUACACCCUUCCAAAGGGUGCCACCAGAGCUCAAUUAUGCCCUUCUCGCCUCUCCAGCACCGUACGUGCUGCUCGUUACGUUCAACCUGGAGCAGCAGAUGAAUUCUCUGCCCCUCGAAGCAUGCUGGGAGCUGGAUGAACUAUGGAAAUGGUUUGAUGCGGAACCUUACUUGUAUGGUUUCCUCUCCCAAUGACAAUUCUUAUUUCCCUUGUUUCCCCGUUGUUGAAAUUAUACGGGCAUAGGCUGAAAAGUCGUUUAGGAGAGUAGCAAUCGUCACCGGCGCAGGAAGGAAAGCCUUCUGCGCUGGCAUGGAUCUCAAAGGUCUCUUGCCUCCCUUUUCUGUAUCCCACCACCUUUCCUCCUAACAUACCCACAGAAGCACAAACCCUCUUCUCCAAACCACACACAGGAUCCCACUACCCCCCCUCCGGAUUCGCAGGUCUCUCCCGAAGAACCGGACGGAAACCCAUCAUCGCCGCCGUAAACGGCCACGCCCACGGCGGAGGCUUCGAAAUCGUCCUGAACUGCGACCUCGUCCUCGCAUCUUCGAAUGCUACCUUUUCCCUCCCAGACGUUGCGAGGGGUACGGCCGCUUUGGAAGGUGGAUUGACGCGGUUGUGCAGGACGUUGGGGUUGCAGAGGGCGAUGUAUAUUGCUCUUACGGGGGCGGUGUUGGGUGCGAAGGAGAUGGUGGAGUGGGGUGUGGUUUUGAAGGUUGUGGAUGGGGAGAGGUUGGUGGGUGAGGCGGUGGGACUUGCGAAGGUGGUUGCGAUGGGGAGUCCGGAUAGUGUUGUGGUUAGUAGACGCGGGGUUAGAGAGGCGUGGGAGAAGGGGGUGGGGAGUGCGACGAGGGAGGUGUAUGAUGGGUUUGCUGAAGGCUUGUUUUGGGGGGAGAAUGCGAGGGAGGGGAUGAGGGCUUUCAAGGAGAGGAGAGCGCCGGUUUGGAAAGCUAGUAAGUUAUAGCGCGGAGUUUGUUGUGGAAGUAGACACUGGGGGAGUACGCAUAUUACACGCUAUAUGCAGUGGAUUUGAAGGUUCAGACAUCAAGGAAUCUUGUUCGCAAGAUCUUUGUACAAUCUCACCAGCCUUGGGAGAGUCCAAAAGGAUAAAACUGGAAACUUGACCAUGACAAUAUCAUUACUGUAAGACACUCCAUCCCCCAAAAAACACAAUCUCAAUGAAACCAACAUCAAAAUCUAAGACUCAGCUAGCAAACUUCUAGCAUAGCGUCAUAGUCAUAAGAUUGGCACCUCAUCUUCACAUCUAAAACAAGCUAAAAAAACACAGCAAUGGUAUGUAAGAAGCCGUUCUUUCCACGUAGGUAGGUAGCUAUGAAUAGCCUCCCUAUACUUGUCCUCUCGUCCACUUGAACAUCCCUAUCUCCUAUUUCAUUUUAAUAGAAGUGAAUAUAUAUAGCCAGACGCGUCUAGAAUUCAAGUUCUUUAUUGAACAAGUGGUGUGUAGACUUGUGGUAAGUGGUUUGAGAGGUGUUGGGUUUGGGGUGGAUGAGCUGAAUUUGUGGGUUCUAAAUACUGUACUCGGUAAGCGAGGGGGAAUAAGAAUGGAGAGUGGUGGAGGAGUGUGG